CGCUGAGUCACUCAAUCUGUUUAAACAUUUACAUAUAGCAAAUUCAUGUCACACACCAACUAUUUCACCCAACAUCUUUUGAUAUGACCCCUCUCAGUCAACACUGAACGGGUAGUUGAAACAGGCGUUGUGCAUGGACCAAGGCUAGGUGUGCUCUAGCUGUGAAGCAAUAAAUCUGAACGAUGUCACAAGAGGAUCGUGUUCCUGAUACUCCCGAUGGUAGGAUCAAUGAUUGGCUGAAAGGCUGGGACCAGGGGCACUGGGACUUCACCUUCACGGAACCCGGCCAAAAUCUGGCGAAAUAUUUUGAGAAAGUUACUGACGGACGGAAAGGAAUGAAAGUGCUGGUCCCACUCUGUGCGACGACCUUCGACCUCAUCUGGUUCUGUGAGCGAGGACACACUGUGGUUGGCGCUGAUCUGGCCGAGAGCGCCGCACAGCGGAUCUUCAAGCAGUACAAGCAGAAACCUAUCAUUGAAGACGUCCCCAGUAUGAACGGAAAACUGUACAAGAAUGCAAGUGGUAACUUCAAGUUCUACGUGGGGAACUUCUUUCGUUUUAAUGAGUACAUGAAAGCUGUCAGGGGAGUCAUGGGGCCCAAGUGUAUCACAAUGCUGGAGUUUCCCAAGAAAGGAGGUUCAGGGGCUCCCUAUCACUUCAGUGAAGGACAGUUGAAGGAAUUAUACGGCGACAUUUGUGACGUGGAGUAUCUGGACGAGUACGUGUACGACUUCAGCGAGGCCCACGGUGGUGACGCUGACAAAGACGCGAUGCCACAGGACUUCACAGAAUAUGAUGCCAAGGUUUGUCUACAGACCUACUGUCUGCGGAAGAGGAACUGACUGAAAUGUCACUUUUCCUGCUUUCAUCUUAUGAUGCACUUUGAUUCCGGGAACUGUUGCCAACAGUAUAUGCAUAUCAUCUCUGUUGGGCAAAUUAGGUGGCAUACCAUAGUAAGUGAUAGAAAUGUGAUAUGGUUUGGUAAUAAAACGUGACAAGACAUAGUGUUCAAUUCUUUUUUGAGAAGUCACUUGAGAAAGAACAUGGGUGAUUUUACAGCACCUUCUUAUGAUAAUUCUUCACUUCUCACAAUUCCAUGCAAUGUAGAGGAUACAGAACAUCAAUCAAUCAAUCUAUCAAUCAUUUAUUCUCAAAUAACCACGGUUGGUAGUACAAGAGAGAAUACAAAUAUUUUUUAUACAAAAUCAAAUGAAAAAAAUAGUUAUAAUAUAUAGUAUAUAUAAAUACAAAAAUAUAAUACAAGAUGGCCGUAGAUAGUCUCAGUUUAUGUUUCUUAUAAGGGCUGAUACUUUUCAUACAAAUUUUGAUAAACUGAUAAUUUCUUUAGUGUCAUUAGUUGUAAAUAAUUUAACAAAACUUUGCAGACUUGGAUAUUUUGUUUUGGGGGAUGAUAAGUACAUUUUCUAGCGUCACAAAGAUUUUGACAUUCAAAAAUAUAACGAAAUUAAUCAGCAAUAUAUGCAGUUUGACAGUUUACAAGUUCUAUCACAGCGUGGUAUGUUCUCCCAGCGGCCAGUUUCUAUUGGUAUAUUGUGAUUAGAUGUAAUAAAUCUUUAUAAUCGAAUUGAUAUUCGCUUUGGGAAAGAUACGUAUGUGUCAAAUAGUGGAUACUAUUUAAGGUAUUGAUAAUAAAAUGCUUUUGAGCUUGAAGCAACAACAUCAUUUCUCCACUUUUGAAUAAAUUGGUCUUUAAGUAUGUGUUCUGCCUGUAGAGCUAGCCACUGAGUUGUACAGGAGGACGGGGUUUUGACCACAUACGAUAAUCCAGUACCAUCUAAGUUAUCCUUAACUUUCACCAGCCAUGGUUUUUGUAGUAGUUUUUCGCUUUCAUUAUCCACUAUCAAGUAAUUAUAAAUAAGUUGUGAAAGUUUAUUGAUUCUAUUAUGGUUGGUUAGUUUAUGCCAAAAGGUAAUAUGGCGUUUAUAGAUAGUUAACGUGAUUGGGAAUCUACCGAGCUCCCCAUGAAGCAUAAAUCGAGGUGUGGAAUUCCUUAGUCCUGUAAUAAGUCGUAGAAAUUUUAAAUGGAUUUUUUCCAGACAUUCCACAUUUUCAAUACACCAAAUUUCUGAGCCAUACAUUAGGAUAGGUACUAUCAUUGAAUCAAAGGCAAACAACAAACAGGCCAACGGCAAGUAUCAAGAACAUGGCUUUAGUGGCACCGAGAUCCUUAAUACUUGUCACUAGGAGAGUGCUUAUUGGGUCUCCCUAAACAUUUAACCGACUUCGUCUUUACACCGCUUUAUAUGUCUAUCCAGUGUUUUCGUAAACGUCGUUUUGCUUUAUAAAAUACCUUACGAGCUUUAUAACAUUCUCCUCCGAAGCAAGGUUUACAUUUUCGGUCCUUCUUCGUAAAUUCUCUAUGUAAGUAUUUCCGUGCAGCGUCCGGGCACGUGCGCGACCUCGUUAGUGAUGUCAUUGACUGUUACUGGGUCAGCUUGAACCUACGUGUGUUUUCACUGUGAGAUUAUUUAUCUGAGUUAUAUCUAAAUUUUGGAGGAAUUCAUCGGUUUUAUGUUUAUUAUGUCGCUUUGGUUUAGAGCUUGAGCUUUGAGUUGUUUUAGCGGUGCUUUGGGUGCCUGUCUCGGAUUUCUGUGGAUUUAUUUAGCUAAGCUAAAUGUUGCUGGGCAGUGCACAUCUGAAUACAUCGGUGAGAAGUCAAAGAUAUUUAGAUCAGUGGUGAGAGGUAAGCAUGAGGAUGACCAUAAAACAUAGUCUACCACACUAGCAUCUUUACAGGUUCUUCUACCAAUACCUCUGCCAUGUCCAAUUCUACCAUUAGAUAUAAAUAGACUCAUGUUUUUACAUAUUUCUAUAAGUUUGCUUCCUGAAUUAUUCAUUCUUUUUGUGUCUUCAUUCGCCCUGUCCCUAGGCAGAUUAAGGUUUUCUAAAAUAUUAGUAGGUUCAUAGUCACUAUCAAUAUCACUUGCAUUCAUGUCUAGACGGGGUGGUGGGGUAGCCUAAUGGUUAAAGCGUUGGCUCGUCACGCCGAAGACCCGGGUUCGAAUCCCCACAUGGGCACAAUGUGUGAAGCCCAUUUCUGGUGUCCCCCGCCGUGAUGUUGCUGGAAUAUUGCUAAAAGCGGCGUAAAACCCAACUCAAUCAGUCAGUCAGUCAUGUCUAGAUCUAUUAACAAUUGCUCAUUAAAUAUAAUGUAAUUUAAUUAGUAAUUUUGUGCUUCCAUUGAAGUCUCCCAUUAAGAUGAUAUGCUCGCUGAUAGAUGACAUUGUAUAAUAUAGUAAAGAUUGUUCAGUGUUAGUGAAUGUCUCACUGGUAAAAUAUUUAGAAUUUUCAGGCGGUAUUUACACAAUACCAUGGAAAUUGUCUUCAUUGACAAAAAUAGUGUUUUGUCUAUUUUAAUCCAUAAUAUGUAGUCACAUAAUUCUUCAGUCACGAAUGUGAUAUGCAUUUCUAGUUUGUGUUUAAAGGCUCUACCAAUACCGCCAGAUUUUCUUAAACUUUUUCUAUUUUGCAAGAAUAAUUUAUAUCUAGGUAUUUCAAUAUUUUCUAAGAAGUCAGUUUUAGGUUAUUGAAAUCCAACGAUGUCAUUAUGCUCAUCAUAUCAACUAGUUCCUUAUAUUGUAAACACCUCCUAAGGCCACAUAUAUUUAACGGGAGUAUCUUAACGGAAUUCUCUGCAUCAUUAAUGUUAGGACAGACAUCACCACCACCACCAUCAUCAUCAUCGUCAUCAUUAUCAUGAACUAUAUAUUCAACGAUAUCAUCAUUGAUAUCCACUGUAUUUCCUAUAGCAUUCACAUGCCCAACAACAUCAACAUCAGCAUCAACGGCAUUUCUAUCAAUGCCCCCAGUCAAUUAGUGAUUGGAUAUCACUGGAAUAUUGCUGAAGGCGAAAUACACCCAGCCUCAUGUGGUCAUAUAUCUAUACUGAGUCAACUGCAAAUAAAUGUUUAUUCAGAGACAUUAAAAGUGACCUCCAGUGUGUUGUAAUAAAUAUUUUUCUGAAACGUU